AUGGGGGGUGUACCCUUGCGAGAGGAGUUGCUGGCUUUUAUGUCGGCUAUGUUGAGCCGACUGAAAUACGACGAUUUCAAAGAUCACCUUAUCAUCCCGUUUGACCAACCAAGUGUACGGGAUUUCACCAAGGAGGUCAAGGCACUACAAGAUCGGAUCAAUGCGAUAAUAUCAACCAAGGCAUAUAACAACACUGCGCAGGCCCUCCGAGAGGGCGAGUUUGCAAUUCCUUACAUAGAACGAAAGUUUGUCGCCAUUGGAUUGAUUGAUGCAGGCGAUAUUGUUCUCCUUUUCUCCCUCGAUACGGCCGGUAUGUUUGCCUUUGCAGACUAGUGAUGGCAUUCGAAGUAUAGGCCUGCACCGGCAUGGUCAACCAUUCGAUUAUGCAUAUUCCUACUCCAAUAGGCUUCUAAAAUAGGGAAGCUUGGGACACACAGCGAAGUAGUGAGAAGAGCUUCAGCUCGAGUUUAAACCAGAAUACCUUAUCUUCGACGAAGCCAGUUUCUUGCGUGGCCCGGAUCUCUCUCUUAUGCAACCGGAGUC